AUGCAUGAGGACAUGAAAGAUACGAUAGACGGUCGAGACAUUAAAACAAGCUUAUACCAUUUGGUUACGAGAAGACUAGGACCAUAUGUCCAUAAAUUCCAUCAAUGCAAAGAGGUAGUGGACGACUGCCCAUAUUCCACCGAUCAACACAUUACCGUCACUACGGGCAGUAGAGCGGAAACCACUCGCUUGUUGCCGUCGAUUGUAAACCUACAUUGUGCUGUAACUGUGAAACUUUCACCAAGAUGUGGUGAAAUUGUUUGCAUAUGA